CUGAUUGGUUGAGUUUCCGUUGCUAUUUUAUUUGACGCUGACGUGUGCAGAUAAAUGAUACGGACGGAUACUUCAACAUUCACGUGAUUUAGUUACCGGCUAUCAGAUUGUCAUUCAUUGAAAACUAGUCCGCGUAGUCGUAACCGUCUCUCCGGUGAAACAUGGCGGGAUACAUCAGAAUUCUGUCCUCCAUCUCGAGGUGUGCUGUUUCGUUUACCGAAAACCCCGCGGUGCUCGCGCCAGCUUCCGCUGUGUGUCAUCGGAGUCUGCAAAAGAGAAACUAUGCAGCCAAGCGUAUAAAGGUUGAUCAGCCUGUGGUGGAGAUGGAUGGCGAUGAAAUGACCCGUAUCAUCUGGGAGUUCAUUAAGGAGAAGUUAAUCCUGUCCAACGUGGAUGUGGAACUGAAGUACUACGACCUGGGUCUGCCGUACCGCGACCAAACUGACGACCAGGUCACCAUUGACUCCGCCAUAGCCACCAUGAAGUACAACGUGGCUGUCAAGUGUGCGACCAUCACCCCAGAUGAAGCCAGAGUUGAAGAGUUCAAGCUGAAGAAGAUGUGGAAGAGUCCCAACGGAACCAUCCGGAACAUACUGGGCGGGACCGUCUUCCGAGAGCCAAUCAUCUGCAAGAACAUUCCCCGUCUGGUUCCUGGUUGGACAAAGCCCAUCACGAUCGGCAGACACGCCUUUGGCGACCAGUACAAAGCCACAGACUUCGUGAUCACCAAGGCAGGGAAGUUUAAGAUGGUGUUCACACCGGCUGACGGCAGCAAGGGCAAGGAAUGGGAGGUUUUUGACUUCCCGUCUGGAGGCUGUGGGAUGGGAAUGUACAACACAGAUGAGUCCAUAACAGGUUUUGCCCACAGUUGUUUCCAGUAUGCCAUCAACAAGAAGUGGCCUCUCUACAUGAGCACCAAGAACACCAUCCUGAAGUACUACGACGGCCGCUUCAAGGACAUCUUCCAGGAGAUCUUUGAGCAGAACUACAAGGCAGAGUUCGACAAGCUGAAGAUCUGGUACGAGCACCGCCUCAUUGAUGAUAUGGUGGCCCAGGUCUUGAAGUCCUCUGGAGCCUUCGUUUGGGCCUGCAAGAACUAUGAUGGAGAUGUCCAGUCUGACAUCCUGGCGCAGGGUUUUGGCUCCCUGGGUCUGAUGACCUCGGUGUUGGUGUGUCCGGAUGGGAAGACCAUAGAGGCGGAGGCAGCCCAUGGCACCGUAACACGGCACUACCGCGAACACCAGAGGGGCAGGCCCACCAGUACCAACCCCAUCGCUAGUAUCUUUGCCUGGACCAGAGGCCUGGAGCACAGGGGCAAACUGGAUGGAAACCCAGACCUCAUCAAGUUCUCCCAGAUUCUGGAGAGGGUGUGUGUGGAGACUGUGGAAACUGGAGUGAUGACCAAGGACCUGGCAGGCUGCAUCCAUGGCCUGUCCAACUGCAAGCUAAACGAACAUUACGUAAAUACAUCGGACUUCCUGGAUGUGAUCAGGAGCAACCUAGACAAGGCCCUGGGCAAAUGAAGAGUUGGAGGACAGCAGCCUGAUCCUAACCUUAACCCUAACACAAAACAGACAUUCUCACAUGCCAACCAUACUAAUUUUGUAGCCCUACAUUUGAAUGAACCUUUGUAUCCUGUUUGAAAGGAACACCUUUGAUAUAUUGCAUGAAAUAUUGUGCCAAGGAGUAUUGUACGGUACCUGAUGUUGUGCUGUCUGUGAGGUCCUCUGCCUUCCCAGUGAAAACUUGUCCCUUCUUAUAGAUUCAUGUAUUAUUAAUAAUAUAUUUUGAUAUUAUUCAUAUUAUGACAAAUACCAGGGCACAAUUUAAUGAAGUGUUAAUAACUUGGAUGACCAAAUUCUGUCAAUAAAUAAAAUAUGUACAAAGUC